UCCAAUCCCAUCAUCAAGACUCGGGUGAGGAUUGAGGAGGGAGAAUAAUAUUUCUGUGUUGCGAGUUCUAUCUUUCUCAAGUAAGUAGGUCUCGGCGUCUUGCCAAAGCGCGGAAAAUGACGCAAGUGCCAGCAGCAGCCAACGGGACACGCAACCGCAAGCACUUCCGGGCAACGGGCAGCAAUAAACGGCGCUGCCCUCGAUUUACUAACGCCGUCGCCGGCUCUGACGGAGAAACAAUCAUUCGCUACUUUCGAACGGUCCGACCCUAAGCCUCGUUACUAGAACCACAGGCUCGGACUUGGGCUCGGGAGCAAAAGUGCCUCGAAAAAGCCAAGCGAAACGAAAGACGGAAAAAAUGGCGUAAAGAGGAGAGAGGAGAGAGAGAGAGAGAGAGAGAGAGAGAAACGGAGGCUCGGGAAGGACAAGAUGGGCAAGAUCGCGAGGAAGAAGAAAGGCCGACCGUCAAAGGCGGAGCUCGCCCUGCGCGAUGGUCUUCGCCGGAACCCGCCGUUGGAACCUCUUCCGGAAACCGACCUUCGCCGCAGCCUCCGCCGCCGGAAUCUGACGUUCCACGGCGACCUCGACGACUAUGACGACGACGAGGAAGAUGACGAGGACGAGAGGAGAAAGAAAAAGCUGAAGUUGGUAUUGAAGCUCCCCCAAAAAGCGGGUUUCGGUGGUGUUGACUCGUCUGGAAGUCUAACUCGAGCAGAUGCGGGGAACGUGGCCCACGCGUCUGCUCCGGAAUCUCGUUCGGACGCUGCAGCAACAACUGCUGUUGUGUCUGCUUCCUCCUCGGAAUACGGAGACGGUAAUAAGCCCUUUAAGAAGCGGAGAAUCGACGGCGAUGACGGCGGUUACGACGACGGUGACGGUGAUGACGAUGAUGAAGAUGAUGAUGCACGGUCCAUUGGAUCUGGUGAUCAGAAGAAGGAAAGAGGGAGAAAUGACAGUUCCAGAAGGACGAACUCUGUUCUGGGCGCAUCGUCUGCUUCCCAGUUAGGGACUCCAAUGCCGGAUAAGAAAUCUUUGGAGUUGAUUCUCGAUAAGCUUCAGAAGAAAGAUACGUAUGGUGUUUAUGCAGAGCCUGUUGAUCCAGAGGAGCUUCCUGACUAUCACGAUGUGAUUGAGCACCCAAUGGAUUUUAGCACCAUAAGGAAGAAGCUGGCAAGCGGGGCAUACUCUAACUUUGAGCAGUUUGAGAGUGAUGUUUUCCUUAUUUGCACAAAUGCAAUGCAAUACAAUGCCCCAGAAACCAUAUAUUUUAAACAGGCACGAUCCAUACAAGAAUUGGCCAGAAAGAAAUUCCAGAAGUUACGAAUUGAUAUUGGACGUACUGAGACAGAGCUCAAGUCAGAGGAAAAACCUAAAACAGGUUCUGUAUUGAAGAAGCCAGUAAAGAAGUCCUUGUGCAGGAAUACUCAGGAACCUCUUGGCUCUGAUUUCUCCUCAGGUGCCACUCUUGCCACCACAGGUGAUGCCUGUACCUGGUCAAAUUUGGUGCAAGCUGAGAAGUCUAACCAUGUUGAUGGAGUUGGGGAUGUCAAUUCUUGCCUGAUUGAUAAUAAACCAGAGAAGACAGAGGAGCACCUUUCAGGGAAGGGGGUUCCAUCCAAAUUUGGGAGGAAGCCAUUUGUUGUGGAUGAGAACCGUCGUGCAACUUACAACAUAUCCAACCAACCAGUGAUCAGAACUGAGUCAAUAUUUACAACUUUUGAUGGCGAAAGCAAGCAGUUUGUUGCUGUUGGCCUUCAUGCGGACCAUUCCUACGCAAGAAGCCUGGCACGUUUUGCUGCAACUCUUGGACCUAUUGCUUGGAAAGUUGCCUCCCAGAGAAUUGAGCAGGCACUGCCUGUGGGAGUUAAAUUUGGCCGUGGGUGGGUUGGAGAAUAUGAACCUCUUCCAACACCUGUACUAAUGGUUGAAAACAACAAUCCAAAACAACCGGCUUGCAUUACAAAUUUGAAUUGUAAACCUGAGUUGAGAAAAGAUGACAGGAGUACAGAGGGAUUAAAAGUUGCACAAGAUGAGGCUAAACUGGGUUUCAGAACUUUAAACUCAUCUGGAAUGGCGUCUUGUAUCAAGGCCCCAGAUCCUGCAAUAGUGCAUGGUGGCUCUAACUUAGAAGGGAAGUUGUUUGGUGUUGUUGGAACCAAACCCAUCAUUAAUUCUACAUCACAGAGGCAAAUGCCAUCAAUCAUGAAUUUUGUCAAAUCUAAUAAUAAUAUUCCUCAACAAGUUGAGUUGAAUUGCUCAUCAUCAGCUGGUGGGGGCCCUACUGAGAUUGCACCAAGAAAGCAGUUGGAGUGCAGUUCAGAAAUGACAAGUUUGAGAUUGCUUGAGAUGGUGUCAAGAAAUAGGAAUCUUAUGCAAUCUAUACCCUUCAAGAAGACAGAGUCUGAAGGGGCUGUUGCUGGAGGUUUGUCUAAUGGGAAGGUUGUAACUAGCAGCUCCAAUGGCAAUAGACUAACCAGUUCAUCCUCUAACGUUGUUCCUAGCCAACCGUCUGGAUAUGUGAAUUGCUUUCCUCGUGGAAGUCAAGAACAGGGUCUCAGUGACCCGGUUCAGUUGAUGAAGAUGUUAGCUGAAAAGACACAAAACCAGCAGAAAUCUUCUAUCUGCCCUAUGGUUGAUACUCAACCAGUUCCAUCCUUGAGAAGAGAUGACUCAAGCACUGUUCAAUCCUCAAGAAGAGAUGAUUCAAGCACUGCUGCCAAUACUGCUGCCCGGGCAUGGAUGUCUGUUGGGGCUGCAGAAUUUAAACCAAGAGAUAAUUCGAGCUCACCCAAAAUGCAGAUUGCUGCUGCUUCUCUCUAUAAUCCAGCACGGGAACUCCCCCAACCUGUUUCGCGAUGCGAGGAACUCCUUAUUUCUAGUGGGCUGCAAAUGCAGUCUGAGAAAAGUAGGUUCACCCCUAAUGCAUUUCGUCCACAAUCUUUCUAUGUAGGUAAUGGGGCACGUCAUCAAAACAGUGGACCUAUGAUCCUCCCUCCAUUAGUAACAACAGACUUAGCAAGGUUUCAGACAGAGUCACCUUGGCGGGGUCUUGUUCCACAUACACAACCAAAGCAGAAGCAGGAAAUGCUUCCUCCGGACUUGAACAUUGGUUGCCAGUCAUCAGGAUCUCCAGUGAGGCAGUCUUCAGGCAUUAUGGUUGAUUCCCAACAGCCUGACCUGGCUUUACAACUCUGAAACUGAGUGGCAUUUUGAGAGAGAAAGAAUGGAGAUGAGAACUGGGAUAAGGUACAAUGGCCUAAAGUGGGAGGAGCUGACUACUCCUGUACGAUAGGCACUGAUGGCUUCUGCUAUCCUAGGGAGGAGAUUUCUUCCAUCGUCACAAAGUUGUGCCACGAGAGAAUGGCACAUUGAAUUGAUCAAAAUGUUCACCAGCCAUCAAUCCACAUUUUAGAAUCAGUCUCAAGGUUGGGAAACAAUUCAUUUUCAAUCUUUGAUUGAAUCCUAGAAGCAUUUUUUGGUAGAAUCCCAGAGUUUACCAUGAAAAGAAGGAUCUGAAGACUGAUGAGAAAAGAAAUGUGCUUCAAUUAGGACAUCUAGGAACAGAGGAAAAAUUUGGCAGAUUCGUCUGGGCUAUAGUCCAUCUCUAGGUUUUCCUAUAGGUUUGCAAUGGACAUAUAUGUAUAAUCUUAUCAUAAAUGUGCACUUUUGGAAAACUUGGCAAGUUAACAGAGUAGCCUAGUGGAGAGGAAUGGUGUAUUAUGUUAGUCCUUACAAGUUCAUGAGCAGGUGAUGUGCUUGAGAAGCCCAUUGGAGUUUAUUUUGUACAUUGAUUACAAGGAUCGACUGUUAGACUUUGGUUCCUUCCUGUAUGCAUCUACUAUUUUUAUGUACAAUGAGACUAGAAUUUCUAGAAUGAAAAGGGAGCUGUACUGGUGGAGCCUCUUCUGUUCAACUUUCUGUACUUGCAAGAUUAAUUUUUUGCCAUUAGCAGAUCCAGAGAUUGGUUUAAUUUUCCUGUUAAGACUCCAGAGUGUUAUAUGCAGGCAUGUAUGCAUGAUUGCAUGGAUUAUACUGUUGCACUGGACCAGUCUAAUUAAAUGUGUAGGAGAUUUGUGGUUGUUAGAUAGGUUACACUAGUGCAGUGUUGUACAUAAAUCCUGUUCAGGUAAUUUCGUCAAUUUUUUAUGCCAAUGCUAUAAUUAUCGAAGGCAAUAGUUGUUACCUCUAUGUCUAAAAGAAAAAAAAUAGUUACCUCCAUGCAGGCAAAGACAUAUGGAUAUGGCACAAUGGCAGCAUGAAGCGGCGAGGUCACAAUCACAAUCAAAUGCCCAUAGGCUGGCCGCUGAGACCUAAAGCCAUUCCUUUGACUGGUCCAGCCCAGACUAAAGGUAAAGUGUCCCUUCUCCCUAGGCUAAUAUUUAUUUGUCUGGGCCCUAAAACCUGUUGGAGUGGAAUCUUUUAACCUGUAUUCAUGUGGAGCUUUAUUCUUGUUCUCUUUGGGUCUGAGACUCGGGGGACACAGGACGUCUGCUUGGUGCUUUUGUGACUUUGUCUCAUCUGUGUGUCAUCUCUUGUUGCACUCAGUUAGAUUGGACUUCUGACUAAUCAUUAGCAGUCCCGGUUGGACUGCAAUCAGUUCAGAGAGAAGGCAUCCCCGGUGGUCAUAUACACCACUAGAUACCAGUUACCAGAGAAAGAUUAAAAGCAGCUCUUUACUUUCUCAAGUGAAGCCAAAUCCAUCCAUUUUGAUCCUCUCUGCAGUGCAGACUUUUGUAUUCCCAGAUUUAGCUGUAACUGAUGUAAUGGGCAUUCAUUUUGUUUUAUACUACUAAAUUAUGUGUAGUAGUACAUUCUCUUUAAGCUUAAAGAAAUAAAAGAAACUGGCCUCUUUUGGCCUCCUUUUUGA